CAUCAACACACACACAAUGUCGGUCCGCCCGCUCCUCGCCUCGACGUCCCGCCUCGCGACCGCAGCGACACGCAGGGGCAUCAUCUCCCCUUCUGCUGCCGCCGCGGCUCCUUCCUCGUCGUCCUCCAAGGGCGCCGCUGGCGGGGUCGACGCGCGCAUCUUCUCCGGCAUCGACGGGUUCCUCGGCGCCAAGGAGGUGCAGCGGCUCGACGAGUGGCAGGGCGGUCUUUGGGGGAGGUUACAGGAGGAGGUUCGGUCCAACCCCCGCCUCGCGCCCAUCCGCCUCAAGUGGGACAACGACCGCUUCGACGUCGCCGAGCUGCUUGCGUUCUCUGCGCGCGAGCCGAGCCUGAGCCUUGCGUUCAACUAUGCCAGUCUGUUGGUUAACAACUCGUACUUUUUGGAGGGUCUGAACCCCGACACCCCCAAGCCCGUCCCGGCGCAGUUCGCGCCGCUCGAGGACCGCGUGGCGUCGUACGCGAGCGGCAUCAUCGGCUCGGGCUGGCUGUGGCUCGUCAAGGCCGGCGAGGAGAUUGGCGACUUUGACGUCGUGCCGACGUUUGCGGCCGGCAGUCUGCUCGUCACGGCGCGCGCCCAGCGCGGACGGGACGGCGCGCUGCCGCUGUUCGGCACGCCGGCGACCUCUGGCGCCGAGGCCGAGGCGGCUGCGCCCGCGGCUGAGGCUUCGCCCGCCGCUGCCGCUGACGCUCCCGCGGCGCCGCGCUACGCGCGCAAGAAGGCCACGGCCGAGGUCACGCCGCUUGCCGUCCUCAACCUCUUCGAGCUGGCGUACCUUGGCGACAAGUACGGCGUGUUCGCCCGCGAGCAGUACGCGCGCGACUGGUUCAAGAGCCUCGACUGGGACAAGGUGGCCAAGCGCAACGGCCAGUUUGGUGCGUUUUAAGCAGUAGCAGUAGAGACAGACAUGCAUUGCAUCGGGGUG